CGCACGAGGAGGAUUGAACUACCCGAUGUGCGCGAUUACCGUUAACGGCUAGUUACAUUUGAGAGCAUACAGUAAAUUGCAGCUAUUAGAAAACAAUUUUCGAACAUUUUGACAAGAGUAGAUGCCAUUAAGUCCACAUAUUUGCGUGCAUAUGUAGCUUCUUUGACAGGAUAUUGUAUUCUUUCUUCUUUGCGAUAGUUUCUUAUAAUCGAGUAUAAAAUGUCGCGUAGCACGUGCAACAAACCUUUAUUCGCGCAAAUCUUAACGUGAGUGGUGAAAAAAUAAGUGGAGAUUAGCGGUGGUGUAUAAAAUUAUAGGAAUGAAUAUGUUACGCAAGUUCAGGCAUGGCAACCAUCCUUCUUCAAGAACUAAAUCAGCGCCUAAUCACCGUUUUGUUACAUUGCUUCUUUUAUAUUGCGUUUAUUUCAUUUUCUUAAGAAUGAGCGCUGCCCAAGCUGAGGAAGGCGUUAUAACGGCUGAUAACGACAUCUCGCACAUUGGUGAUGAUUGCCAAGUGACCCCUGUAAUACAUGUUCUCCAAUAUCCCGGUUGUGUGCCCAAGCCAAUACCUUCGUUCGCCUGUGUUGGACGCUGCGCUAGCUACAUACAAGUCUCCGGUAGUAAAAUUUGGCAAAUGGAACGUUCAUGCAUGUGUUGUCAGGAAUCCGGUGAACGUGAAGCUGCUGUCUCUCUCUUUUGUCCCAAGGCCAAACACGGCGAACGCAAGUUCAAGAAAGUACUGACGAAAGCACCACUGGAAUGUAUGUGUCGCCCAUGCACCUCCAUCGAGGAGUCCGGUAUUAUUCCCCAGGAGAUAGCUGGCUAUUCCGAUGAGGGUCCAUUAAAUAAUCACUUCCGUCGUAUUGCCUUACAGUAGGUUAAAUAUUUAAUUUACCUUUUCCUACUUAAUACAUAUUUUCUGUUUAGCCAAAAUUGGGAAGAAUAAAUAAUGUA